AAAAGAAAAAUUACAUUCAUCGAACUCGUACCAGCUCCUACUCCUAUAUCUACACAUUCUCUUAUUUCAUCUACUCCGACUUUCUGCAACUUGAUUUUCGUUUCUUUUCUGAAUCUUCAAUCGAAACGGAACUUGAGCUUAAUCUUCAAUUAAAAUCAAUCCAUCAAUGGCGUUCGAAGAUGAUCAAUUCCGCGACGAGGAUGGAGAGCCGUUGAUGGACUAUGACGACAUUCAAUCGGAUGAUGACCAGCCGCAGCCGGCUCCAAUCGAGGACGACGACGUUCCAGAGUUUAACGAAGAAGAAGGGGAUGGGAAUUGGGGCCAUGAGCCGAAGGCGAAAACCCGAAAGCGGCUGAUUAAGAAGAGUGAUGAUCAGGUUGCUGCGCCUCCUGAAUUCAAUGAUUUUGCUGAUGAAGAUGAUGAGGUUGAACCCGAGUACGGGUCGUACCCCGAGGAGGAAGAGGAGGAAGAGGGACCGUCUUCGUCGAUGAUGUCGAAGAAGAGGAAGGAUAAAGGGAUGAUGAGGGAAGGAGGAGAGAAUAGGAGGAAAGAGAAGAAGUUGAGGAAAGAUAAAUUUAGUAGUGGUGGUGGUAGUUCUGGUGGUGGGAAGGAUCGUAGUAAGGCGAAAUUGAGCUUGAAGCGAAAGAAGGGCGGUGACGAUUCUGAGAUGCAGGAGAUGUGGGAUACCGUUGCUGGUGGUGAUUCUGAGGAUGAUCACGAUGGUAUGAAGACACUAGAUGAUGAUAACUUUAUAGAUGAUACUGGUGUGGACCCUGCUGACAGGUAUGUCAGUGACCGCGAGACAGCUUCGCCCAGUCGUUUUGCUCAGGCAGAGGAAGGUGAGGAAGAGGAUGAAAAUCUUUUCAAGUCGGGCAAGAAGAAGAAGAAAAAUGAGAAAAGUGCUGCAGAAAUUGCAGAGUUGGUGGAGACGCUUAUGGCUGAGCUUGAGGUUAUAGCUGAAGAAGAUGCUGUAUUAAAUACCCAAGGGAAACCAGCCAUCAAUAAGCUCAGGAAGUUGCCACUUCUUACUGAGGCCCUUUCCAAGAAACAACUUCAACAUGAAUUUCUUGAUCAUGGGGUCUUAACAUUAUUAAAAAAUUGGCUCGAACCACUUCCUGAUGGAAGCCUGCCCAAUAUCAAUAUACGUGAAGCUAUAUUGAGGAUCUUGAGUGAUUAUCCAAUCGAUUUAGAGCAACAUGAUAGAAGAGAACAACUGAAGAAGAGUGGACUUGGAAAGGUUAUUAUGUUUCUAUCAAGAUCAGAUGAAGAGACAACAACUAAUAGGAAACUUGCCAAGGAUUUGGUUGAUAAAUGGAGUCGACCAAUUUUCAAUAAGAGCACAAAUUUUGAGCAUAUGAGAAAUGUUGAGGAUGAAAGGGUUUACAGGCGACCAGCUGUGAAGAAACAGGCAAAUAAAGCCUCAGGGAUGGAAUCCAAAGAUGACGAUCUUGAUGAAUUCAAAUCAGGACGUAAGGCUGGCCCAUCUGCCUCUAGGCUACAUGCUUCGAGGCCAGAAGCAACUCCCAUGGACUUUCUGAUUCGCCCUCAAUCGAAGAUUGACCCAGAUGAGAUAAGAGCCCGAUCUAGACAGCACCAAGUGGAUGAACGUCGUAUGAAGAUGAACAAGAAGAUGCAACAACUGAAGCAAACGAAAAAGAAGAAGCUUCAAGCAACAAAAGUCAGUGUGGAGGGCCGAGGCAUGGUGAAGUACUUGUGAUGUUGCGUGUGCUGGAUACCAUGGUCCUACAAGCUUACAUGCACGAGUGACGGUGCCAAUGGAAGCUCAAUAGUCUCAAUAAGGCGAGGGAGAGCUGCACAGGAGUUGCGAUUGCUGAAAUGGAGAGAACCUCCCGCCUCCUGCCUCCCGUCUUUUGCAAAGUGUGAGCUGAGAGAAAAUGGAGAGAACCUUCCCUUCUGUAUUUUGGACAUUGUAUGAACAUUAGUGACCCGACCCUCUUGGGGUCCAUAUCCCUUUUAACAAAAUUUGAGUGGUAGACCGUAUUCUUUCUAGUUUCUAUCCCAAAAGCACAUUUGUUUUGUAGACAAAAACUUGGUUGUCCUGAAAUAUAGUUGAAAUUUGCAUAGUA